AUGCAAGUUGCACCUCCACCAAACGGUAAAAAAUUGUGGCGCGUCAAAAGAGCCUCGUGCUCCGGUCCAUCUGGAAAAGAGAACAAUUCUUCUCUUGAAUGUUUGAACAAUUCUUUGAGAAUUUCCGCCGCUGGCAAGUCUUUCUUGCAAAAGCGUCCACCUUCAAAGAGACCUCGCUCCAAACCAGGAAUGCCAAAAGACUUUGUUUUCGUGGAUUUGAGCCCGGUCAAGUCUAGCGAUGAUGAACUGGCUUCACUUUCGUCUAACAGCGAUUUCUCGUCUAUGUCGGCGGCUCUGUCGGCAAACACUUCCGUCAUCUCCUCCCCCACAUAUGUCGGAAGAAGUGACUCCGUCUCGCUGAACAAUUCAUACGGCGAGGAAUUGGAUUUGCCUUUCUACUACGGAAACAAUAUCCCCCAAGAAAACGAUCUUUUCGGUUUAGGUUUGUUGAACUUGAACUGUGACUUCGAUGCACCUCAAAAUUUCCAAACUCAAAAGAUUCUGGAGCCUUUCUACAAUGAACAGGUUGCCGAGCCUCAGAACAACUACUUUGAACAAAAAACACAACUUCAAACACAAACAAACGUAUACCCCACUCCAAAUCUCACACAUAAGAGAGCCCGUUCCGUUUCUGAGUCUAGAAGAAAAUCCGCUGGCGGAAUUCAGUUCAAGACUUACAGAGGCCCAAAGACUUCUCUGAAGGUACAUAAAAGAAGUCUCUCUGAGCCAUUCAUCAAGCUUGACCAAUUGCAAAACGCUCAACCUCAAAAUUUCUCUCAAGAGCCUUCUCUCCCAAGCCCCCUUUCCACACCAGUCGCAGAUGAUCUCGACUUGAGUGCUUUUAUCAAGGAGCUUGAGCAAGACGAUCUUGUAUUCUCAAAGGCAGAUGUGACUCAAAACUGGAACGACCAACUUGAUAUGUUUUCUCUUACAAAUGAGGCCAUUCCUGAAUGUCCUCAAGACAUUGCUUUUAACUGCGAGUUCGACGCAGCCUCGUUCUCUGCAUUCUAA